CGGAUGGUUAGUUAGUUACCUGUAAAAUGACUGCCUACUCAACGUUAACAUUCUAGCGAAAACGACCUUGGGCUACCUCGUAUUUAUCUUUUUCAUUUAAUAAAAUAUUAACAGUCGUCGCGAUUAUGCCGAUUCUACUAUCUGGAAGACAAGCGCCUCCGAUAUAAUUUCAUAUUCGAUACUUUUCCUGAAAUUUUGUUAUAUAUAAUCGCGUGAAAGUGCGACAAGUUGCGCAGCCGUGAUCGACGAGAUAACGCGAAUGUUAGAUAAUUGCACUUUUGUUACUUUUUGUUUCGAUGUGUGUGUUUGUGCUCUCUAGUCAUUCCUCAUACGCUGGCUGUGAUAUUUUUCCAUAUCAGUUGCGCAAUCAUCGCCAUUGUACCAAAUCCAAAGGAAAUAGUCGACCAUAGAGUAAUGGAAAUGAACAGUACUGUUGACGGUAACGCGGCGGUGAUCCGAUCGGCAGAAUUGAAUGAUGAACGGGAAAAUCAGUCCAUGGAGUAAGAGCAGCCACGAUGCAGGGUUGAUAAUGUUGAAGAAUAGAAGAGAGGAAAUUACGAACGCAGGAAAAUAUUCGGAACGAUAUAAAGACAUUUUUUCGCAUGACGUUCCCGACAAAGAUAAAUUUCCAUUGAGUGCGAAGUGUCGUAACACCAUGGAAUUGUAUCGUAAACUCUCAAAAGGGGAGAAGUCCGAUGACUCUCCCAUGUUAACGACCGAGAAAAUGCGCUUAAAUGUAGUGAACAAAAGUAACGCUACCAAUGAUCUAAAUAAACAAGAAAACGCCCUUAUAGGAUACAAACACGUGCCCGAAGGAACUCUCAAACCCAACGCAACUCCCCCUACAACUACUCCCAAAACGCCUAAAUGGACUAAGAAAAGUGUUAAUGUUUAUAGUGUUAAUACCCCUCCACCGAGCCCAGUUAAUACACCCCCUGUUGCUUUAAGUUCAAUUCUCAGUAACAACAACAAUUUCGAUAACACCCUAGCUCAUCUACAAAACGUCGAAAGCAUCAUCAGCAAAUUAGACGAGCAAGAGAAAAAGGAACAAAAUCUAAAGAAAUUCGAAGAUUUACUAAUGAAAUUCAAUCCCAAACCUGUGGUUAAAGCCAAGAAAGUUUCGCCAACGCCCAUCGACUUCGGAGCUGAACAUAAACAAGACACCAACAAAAAAUCUGAGGACGAACUAAAUUCCAACGGGCAUCUUCUCAGUCCCAUCAAGCACUGCAGCGAAGUGGAGGAUCUUCCUGCGAGAGGCCUCAACGAAGAACACCACGUGCCUGCACAAGCAUUCGACAGAAACACCAAAGAAAGGAAAAGCAUCGACCAGCACAUGAAAGAGUACAAGCCUAAACCUAGGCAGGCUGAACCUCUAACUAGAAGAGCAUCGGACGUGCAGGAUAAACCUGUCGGUAAUAUUAAAAGACAAAGUAGGAUAUCUAAGGAUCGACUUUCACGUAAAAGCAAUGACAGCACCGUGGAGUCGACGCGCAGCAGUUCCGCAUCGAUGCGGAAUCGCCCCCGUUUCGGAGACGAACCCACCAUCGGUAAAUACAAGCUACUCAAGACCAUCGGCAAGGGGAACUUCGCCAAAGUCAAAUUGGCCAAGCACGUGCCCACCGGCAAGGAGGUCGCCAUCAAGAUCAUCGAUAAGACCCAGCUGACGCCCGGUUCACUUCAAAAACUAUUUAGAGAAGUAAGGAUAAUGAAAAUGCUAGACCAUCCGAAUAUAGUGAAACUAUUUCAAGUGAUUGAAACUGAAAAAACUUUGUACCUGGUAAUGGAAUACGCAUCGGGAGGUGAAGUGUUCGACUACCUUGUCCUGCACGGAAGGAUGAAGGAGAAGGAGGCUCGAGCGAAGUUUAGGCAAAUCGUCUCUGCAGUACAAUACUGCCAUCAAAAAAGAAUUAUACACAGAGAUUUAAAGGCUGAAAACUUACUGUUGGAUAGUGAAAUGAACAUAAAAAUCGCCGAUUUCGGCUUCUCAAACGAAUUUACCCCAGGAAGUAAAUUAGAUACUUUUUGCGGGAGUCCCCCAUAUGCAGCUCCUGAACUUUUUCAAGGUAAAAAAUACGACGGCCCCGAAGUGGACGUCUGGUCGUUAGGAGUGAUCUUAUAUACCUUAGUCUCUGGCAGUCUACCAUUCGACGGUUCAACGCUACGAGAGCUAAGGGAACGAGUGCUACGCGGCAAAUAUCGAAUCCCGUUUUACAUGAGCACCGAUUGCGAGAACCUCCUCAAGAAGUUCCUCGUAUUGAAUCCGGCGAAACGGGCCAGUUUGGAGACCAUCAUGAAAGACAAGUGGAUGAACCAGGGGUACGAAAACGACGAAUUGAAACCGUACGUGGAGCCGGAGCAGGACAUGAGCGACCCGAAACGGAUCGAAGCCUUAGUGUGUUUAGGAUUUAACAGAUACGACGUCGAAAAUUCGCUGGAUUCCCAGAAAUACGACGACGCUUUCGCGACGUACCUACUAUUAGGAAGGAAAAGUAUAGAUCCGGAAAGUGAUGGAAGCAGAAGCGGUAGUAGCCUGUCGCUGCGAAACAUGACAGGACAACAGCAGGCGACUCCACAACCUGCCGUCCAGAGCCCCCAACACAAGGGGGUACAUCGCUCAAUAUCAGCGACGCACGCCAAACCGAACAGAAGGGCUUCUAGCGGAGGAGGAACGAUAGGGGAAACACUAAGAACGGGCGCUCAACCACAAGUACCUGCCUCGCAAAUAAACAACCAACAAUCCUCCGGUUUCAAACGACAAAAUACAGUCGACAGUGCUACGAUUAAAGAGAACAGCGCCAGACUUAACGCCAGACCUGCCAGUGCUCAACCCAAAAGUACCACCGAAAAUAGUAUACAAGCUCCGACUAAAACUCGAACUGUAUUUAAGAACCAACCAUUAUCUUUAGGCCGACGAUCUACGAUAAGCUACGAUGGCAAAUCGGAUAGCACGGAAAAAACGAAUUUGAACACCUCCGACAUACCAGGCCGCACAAGUGCUUCGCCUGCGGUGACUAGGCAGCAAGCUUUCCCCAGAAACACGUCUUCUAGGAGCACCUUCCACUCGGGCCAGACGAGACCGAGGGCGACCUACGCACAGGGCUCUCCCGGAGAUUCACCGCACACGAGACCGUCGUUUUUUUCAAAAUUUAGCCUCAAGGGUUUCACGAAAAGUGACAGAAGUCAUCUUGAAUCUAACCAAACUGGCCCGACAAACAGAGCUUUAGCGUUAGAACCUGGUCAACAAGUUAAACAUGGUAACUCACCUUUACCUACAGUGGGGGUGCAAGGCGCGCCCAACGAGGAGCACGUGAAGCCGCGCUCGUUGCGCUUCACCUGGUCGAUGAAGACGACGUCGAGCCGAGACCCGGCCGAGAUAAUGGCCGAAAUACGCAAGGUCUUGGACGCGAACAAUUGCGACUACGAACAACGCGAGCGAUUCCUUUUGCUCUGCGUGCACGGCGAUCCCAACACGGACAGCUUGGUGCAAUGGGAGAUCGAGGUGUGCAAACUGCCGCGGCUGUCGCUCAACGGCGUCAGAUUCAAGAGAAUUUCGGGAACCAGUAUUGGAUUCAAAAAUAUCGCUAGCAAGAUAGCAAACGAACUGAAGCUGUGACUGCUCGUCAAUGAGCCGCAACUAGCCAGCGAGCCAACGUAGAAAUCAAUUUUAAAAUUAUGUGAAAUACAUUGAAACAGAAAAUUAAGCAUCAGCAGCAGAAAUUUGUAGCGACUUCCACCUAACAAAAAAACUAGUUAACAAUACAAUACUUAGUGUUUUCGGAAAAGCGUGUACCCGGUUGCCUGCGAAAAUUGUUUUUUUCACGAGGAAAUACUCGGAGGACGAGGAAACGACCACCGAAAACGUUUCGGCGCUUCACUCUCACUGUAUUUUUCGAAUACCGCUAAACAGAUUUUUUUUAGUUGUUAAGAUUUAUAUUCAGACUCGGUUUACUUGUGAUAUGUGGAAUUGACAAAGGUUAUACGAAUUUCUACGGCUUGAUAUUCAGGGUGUACUAACACUUGUUUAAUAUUUUUUAAUAUAUGAAAAUAUAAUGCAUGAAAUUAUUGUAAAUUUAAAUAUAUGAACUACUUCAUUAUCUAUGAAACAUCACCAUAUAAAAAUUGCUUUUUCAUUGUUGGUACACCGUGAAAAUAUACGGAUGAUAUUUAUACCUAAACGUUUCGUUCUUUUUAUUUCCGAUAGAAUUUUCAAAGACUUUAAAUCGUGGAUUGACAUUAAGUGGUACUUGAUUAGUCUUACGUUUAAAAAACGCAUUAAAAACAAAGCAUAAUUAUCUUGUAUUAUUUUAUAAUGAGUCAUAAAAAUAUUUAUUGUAAUUGUUUCUUUGGAUUUAGCCUUUACUUAAUUAUUUUUUUUCGUUUUAUUACAUUUCUUGCAUUAUUAGUGUGCACUGUGCGUUGGAUUUUAGAGUCAUAAUCUUAGAAACAAAAAGGCCAAAAUCCUUUAGUUGAUGGUUGAAUGUCUUAAACUUGCGAGAAAUAUUGGUAAAAGAAUAUUCCUCUUGUUUUGAGUCAUUUAAUUCGCGUGUACAGAUCAUGUUCAAACUUAUAACCAAUUCGACUGUCGCCUAGUCGUUGCGCUUAUAAUUUUUUACGUGAUUUUUAUAAAUUUAGUGCGAUUCCCUGAGUUACAAAUUAAUGGACGUUUAGCGUUGGGCGAGCACUUGAAAACCCGUUUUUUUUGUUUCUCUCAAUUUGAAUAAAAUUUGUAAAUAUCGUGUGAAAGUUGCGUGCAAGACUGAAUGAUUAAAAAUUACAACUUUUAACAAAAUUUACUGCAUUUGCAUUUGUCAGGUUAACAGAAAUUUCGCAAAUCUGCUUGACCAAAUUUAUUUUACGUGCAAGACAUUUCCCCGCGAGAGCGGAAAUGAGCUGAAAUUCCCAGUGUAUCACUAAAAUUAUCAUCGUUGAAUUUUGUUGUGCUACUUUAUUUAAUUAGGAAAACUCUUGCACUGAAAAAUCGUGAUAGUGACUCUACUCUUUGCCAUGUGCUCGAACCGGAGUCGUUUGCUUUGGAUUAAAAGUAGACAUUAAAUGUAUCAAGGUACAAGGUUUAUAAACGACUAAAUUAAUCAAUGUACAUACAUAUAAGUAGUAAUGGUACUAACUGUACAACUGCAGAAAAUUUACGGAACUGAAUUUUAACUGUACGAAGGGACAUUACAAUAGGCGAUCACGUUAUUUAUAAAGAAAUCUUUAUAUUGUAUAUAAAUUAAAGGUAAAAUCAAUCGAGUGAAAUAUUGUGUUGCAUUGGAACAAGUUCUUUGUAAAACUGAAAUUAUGCAAUUCUCAGCUACGGUAUUUUGAUAAAGGGAUAACGUUUCUCCAAUGGGAUGAAAAAAAUCCCAGCCAAAAUGCUUAGUUUUAUGGAGGGUUUGAAUUCCCCGUUUUAGACGAAAUAAUUCACGUCUAUUACCAUGUAAUACGUUCUGUAUAGUAUAAUAAAAUAGAAGAUGCAAUAAUUUGAGAUAAGUAAAAUUCAUCGGUAAAUUUCCAAAUUCCCAUCGUAGGUCUAAAUUAGCGUAUGUUUAAAAACUUUUUUUUUCGUAAAAUUUGUAUGUAUUGAAACAAAGGCAGAGUUUAUUAUGAGUUAAUUCAGUUCAAGUUUUUCAAAAACGUUUUCGUCAUUAUUGUACAAUUUGUUUUGUAAAUUCUGUCUUAAUAGUUUCAUCAGUCAAUCUUGCUCAGGCAUUAAAAUUCUCGAUUUUCCUGUAAAAUGUGAAUGUAGUAUAUUCAUUAACCUAAAGAAUUGUCGGAUAAUGUUCAUCAUGAGUGUACUUAGAAGAAUAAAAAUGAAAUGAACUCCAUCUUCACCUUGUUAAUAAAAUAAUAGCCUUACUCUUUCUGAACUAGUAAAAAUAUAUAAGUCGUUCAAUUCAUUUCGACUUGUACAAUAAUAUUAAAGAUGCUUUUUUUAUUAAUUUAGGUUUGUAUUAUAUUUUAUAUAUAUAUUUUUGAUUUUGCUAGUAGAAACAGUAAGGCCACGUUUCAUUGGAUUUAUAAUAUAGAGUAAUAUACUUGAAGUAUAAUAAUUGUUAGAAGAACAGCUUAGAUUUAGUCGAUUACGCUGUAAAGAGCAUUGUUUGCUUUUCCAUAAAAAAAUACAAAUCUUUCACUGGGGACGGGCACUUUAUGUUAGUUAAGCUAUUGAUCAUUUAUAAUAAAAUUGAACUCAUUACCGAUGUAUUUUUAUUUAAAUAAUAAAGUCUCUUUUCGACAGUGUAUUGUA